GAAAUGACCCGAUCUGGAUUUCGAGAAAGCUAAGAAUCAAAACUGGAGGGAAUCGUAUCUUGAUUGGAGGCAAAAUUAGUACUAGUAGACAUCAUUUGCUCCAGUUUGUCAUUCUUAGCCUCUAAAUUUAGGGUUUUCUUAUUCAAUUUUUCGGGUUUAAUUGGAGGAGCAGACGAUAAUCAGCUUAAAGAAAAAAAAUUCAGAAAUGGAAGUAAUGGACAAGCAAAGCGCUUUGGAUUACAUCAAUCAAAUGUUCCCAACAGAGGCAUCUUUAUCGGGUGUUGAGCCACUUGUGCAGAAAGUACAAAGUGAAAUUCGGCAUGUUGAUGCUGAAAUUUUAGCGGCUGUUCGUCAACAGAGUAAUUCGGGAAGCAAAGCCAGGGAAGACCUUGCUGCAGCCACGCAUGCUGUGGAGGAACUCAUGUACAAAAUUCGAGAAAUAAAAACCAAGGCAGAACAGAGUGAAACCAUGGUGCAGGAAAUAUGUCGUGAUAUUAAGAAGUUAGAUUUUGCAAAGAAACAUAUAACAACUACUAUUACUGCUCUUCAUCGGCUUACCAUGCUAGUUUCUGCUGUCGAGCAACUCCAAGUAAUGGCUUCAAAGCGGCAAUAUAAGGAGGCAGCUGCACAAGUAGAGGCUGUAAACCAGUUGUGUAGUCAUUUUGAAGCUUAUAGAGAUAUUCCAAAGAUCACAGAACUCAGGGAGAAGUUUAAGAGCAUCAAACAAAUUCUCAAGUCUUAUGUCUUCUCUGAUUUUUCCAGCUUAGGUACGGGAAAAGAGACGGAGGAAAGCAAUUUGCUGCAGCAGCUAUCAGAUGCUUGCUUAGUUGUUGAUGCUUUGGAGCCGUCAGUUAGGGAAGAGUUGGUAAAGAAUUUCUGCAGCAGAGAGCUUACUUCAUAUCAACAGAUAUUUGAAGGAGCUGAGUUAGCAAAGCUAGACAAAGCAGAAAGGAGAUAUUCCUGGAUCAAACGCCGAUUGAGAACGAAUGAGGAGAUAUGGAAAAUAUUUCCUGCAUCAUGGCAUGUUGCUUAUUUGCUUUGCAUCCAGUUCUGCAAGUUGACAAGGAAGCAACUUGUAGAUAUCCUUGAUAAUUUGAAGGAAAAACCGGAUGUUGGAACUUUGUUAUUGGCACUACAACGAACUCUGGAAUUUGAGGAAGAAUUGGCGGAGAAAUUCGGUGGUGGUGUCCAGAACAGAGAAAAAAAGACUGACACGGAGGAAGCAGAUAGGGGGGACAAUGUUUCAGAUAUUAGAAAGAAGUAUGAGAAGAAGCUUGCUAGGCAUCAGGGAAGUGGAGAAGAGGAGCCAGAUGGAUGCAAAGAUUUGUCUGCUCCUGCAGCUGGGUUUAACUUUCGAGGGAUCAUUUCGUCUUGCUUUGAACCUUACUUGAUAGUCUAUGUGGAACUGGAAGAGAAGACUCUCAUGGAAAAUCUAGAGAAACUGGUCCAGGAAGAAACUUGGGAAAUUGAGGAAGGGAGCCAAACAAAUAUUUUAUCCAGUAGCAUGCAGGUGUUUUUGAUCAUCAGGAGGAGCUUAAAGCGCUGCAGUGCUUUGACAAAGAACCAGACAUUAUUCAAUUUGUUCAAGGUAUUUCAAAGAAUUCUUAAAGCAUAUGCCACAAAGCUUUUUGCUAGACUGCCCAAGGGAGGAACAGGAAUUGUUGCUGCUGCAACGGGAAUGGAUGGACAAAUUAAGACAUCUGAUAAGGACGAAAGGGUGAUCUGUUAUAUUGUAAAUACCGCGGAAUAUUGCCACAAAACGUCCGGUGAAUUGGCUGAAAAUGUGUCCAAACUAAUUGAUCCUCAAUUUGUAGACAAGGUGGAUAUGUCUGAAGUACAGGAUCCAUUGGUGCAGGAUGAAUUUUCGGCGGUGAUAACAAAAGCAUUGAUAACACUUGUACAUGGUAUAGAAACUAAAUUUGAUGCUGAAAUGCUUGCAAUGACGCGAGUUCCAUGGAGUACGCUUGAAAGUGUUGGUGAUCAAUCAGAAUAUGUCAAUGGAAUAAAUACAAUAUUUAGUAGCAGCAUCCCUGCACUCGGAACCCUUCUUUCUUCAAUUUACUUCCAGUUCUUUCUUGAUAAGCUUGCGUCAUCUCUUCCUCCACGUUUUUAUUCCAAUAUAUUCAGGUGCAAGCAGAUAUCAGAAACUGGAGCACAGCAAAUGUUGUUGGAUACUCAGGCUGUAAAGACUAUUCUUCUGGAUAUUCCUUCCCUUGGAAGACAGACUUCUGGAGCUUCUAGCUACUCAAAAUUUGUUAGUCGUGAGAUGAGCAAGGCGGAAGCACUCUUGAAGGUCAUACUCUCCCCGAUUGAUUCUGUUGCAGAUACAUAUUGUGCACUACUGCCAGAGGGAACACCUACUGAAUUCCAACGGAUUCUGGAACUUAAGGGUCUGAAGAGAACUGACCAACAAAGUAUAUUGGAUGAUUUUAGUCGACGUGGGUCAGGAAUUACUCAGCCUGCAAUUGCUGGCCCUUCAGCUGUCCCAUCUGCCCCCCCUCCCUCUGCAGCACCUGCAAUAACAAGUCCAGUUGUGGUUGGAAGCUUAAUUUCCAGGGAAGAUGUCCUUGCCAGGGCAGCUGCACUUGGAAGAGGUGCUGCUACAACUGGAUUCAAGAGAUUCCUUGCUUUAACGGAGGCAGCGAAAGAUCGAAAGGAUUUCAGGAAGCUUUUCACCGGAUAAGACUCAUUUUUCCAUUGGAUCAGUAUAUUUGUCAACGCUUUCUGUACAAACAUUAAACACAGCCACAAACUUGUAUGGCAAUUUUGUUACAAAAUUCUUCUCAUCUUUUCUAUGGAUUACGGCUAUGUUUAGAUUCUUUUUCUGUGUAAUACGCUGUCACUAAUAUCCCAACUGGCUAGAUUUUCUGUACAUGGAAAACUGAGUCUCAGCGAAACUGUAAAUCCCUGUAGCAAAAAUGUCAAGAUUCUUUUUGGUAUGAUAGUUAUGAACUAUAGAGAAGCUUGCAGCUUUUAA